AUGUUUGUUUGUCUCCUAGGAGGAUCCUCAACAACAACACUUUCGAAUCUUGAUAUGUUUAACCUUAACAUAUCGCAAAUAGCAAAUACCAAAUUUAAUAACGGGACCGGCAACGGAUGCAAUUGUGUUGAGUUUGUAAAUGGAACGCUCACAAUCAACGGUACUGCCGUCGUUAACGGAACCCUCACUCUGGGAUAUGCGGAGCUAGAUCUCUUCGAAUACUACUCCGUUUACGCCAUCAAUUAUUGCGAAGGCAAUUAUCUACCAUCUUACCAAGAUGAUCAUGCAAGCGCCGUUAUUACUCACUGCGAGACUCCAUCACUGUCGCGGCGGUUUGAUCUCGUCAAGAUCAUGGAGACGGCCAUGACACGCCUUGGUAACGCCCUCGGAGAAGACAUUUCCUUCGAAGACCUAGACUGGCCAAACGGGAUCACGAGCGCAUUCAUCUACGUGCAGUCUGCUGGUGCAGCUAUGAUCGUUUUCUUUCUCAUCGGGCUUGCCUUCUUGGUCUUGGCUACUUUGGCGGCGCUCUGGGUUUUAUUCACAACCAGCAAAGCCGCUGUGAAAUUUAUCCUCAUCACUUCUGUGCUUGCCUUGCUAAGUCUUACGAUUUGUGCUGGUAUCGCAACAGCAAUCACGACAAUCGUCGUCAACGGGAUCAACGCCAAUGGGGCGCAGAUUGGUGUGUCCGCACAACAAGGGAAUGUCUUCUUGGCCCUGAUAUGGAUCGCCGUCGCGCUGCUCUUCAUUUCAACUCUGACCACGGCUGCCACCCUCUGUGUUGGGCCCAGCCGGAGAUCACAUGUCCCUGUGAGACAAUACGAGGCAUUUGAUAUGCCACCGGUGGUAACCAAACGAAGGCCGAUGAUGAUGCCGUAUUACAUGCAGCCUCCAGAUUCGGGUUAUUGGGAUGCAUUCUCGUCAAGAAGGAUGCUGGUGGACCCACGCGACAAUGAAUAUUACGGUUACGGCGAAGAAUUCAGAUAA